UGAACCCGGAAGUGAAGUGACUGUGGCGCGCCGGUGAGUCACAGCUGACACACAGACCGGACUUUGUCUGCUGAUGGACUCGGAAUCAGAUGGAGUAGAAAAUGUCCUACUCCGCCCUUCUGACCGGUUUGAUGCCGCGGACAUUUUGGAAUUUAUUUUAAAGGAAUCAUCAGAAUAACGAGAGAGAGUGUGGAGAAUGAAGCUCAGCGCUCUAUCGGCUUUCCUGACCCGGACCCUGACCCUCCGGCCCCGGUGGCCCCUGACCCUGACCCUCCGGCCCCUGACCCUGACCCGGUGGCCCCGGCGGCCCAUGCCCAUGCUCCUGCUCCUGCUCCUGCUGUGUUGGGGGAGUUUGUUGCCCCCCAGUGCAGGACUGCAGGGGUUCGAUCCUGAAACUCCGGACUGGAGAAAAACCUUAAAAACCAUCCGUAAUGGAAUUCACAAGAUCGACACUUAUCUGAACUACGCUCUGGAUUUAAUCGGAGGAUCUGAUGGACUGUGUCAGUUUCAGUGCAGUGAUGGAUACAAGCCCAUUCCCAGACCUCAUUACAAACUCUCUCCACCCAACGGCUGCGGCUCUCCGCUGUUCGGGUUUCACUUCGAUAUUGGAAUUCCAUCAAUGACUAAAUGCUGUAAUCAGCACGACCGCUGCUACGACACGUGUGGACGAGAGAAACGUGACUGUGACGAUCAGUUCCAUGUCUGCUUGGAGACUAUAUGUAGGAAUGUACAGACUACCCUGGGACUGGACCAGAGUGUGCAAGCAUGUGACUCGGCAGUGACUCUGCUCUUCGACGCCGUCAUGCACCUGGGCUGUAAACCCUACCUGGACAGCCAGAGAGCUGCGUGUAUCUGCCGCUACGAGGAGAAAACUGACCUGUGAACAGCUGUGUUCCAGGUGCAAUAUUCCUGAUGCCUUUGAGGAACUUUGUUCAGCAGCACUGCACUGUUUCCUGUUUUCAUGUGUAUGGUGUUUAAAAAAACCUGUAAUCCGAAUUAUAUAACAAGUGCUUUGGGAAAAAAAACUAUGGUCCAUGUUAUUGUUGUGCACUACAUCCUACAGUUUUUAGCUCUAAAAUUAGUUUAAACCGAAAUCAAAGAUG